GUGGAAGAUCGCUAGUGAGGUGGUCGGACCAGAUUCAAGGGGAAUUGAACAAAACCUCUCAUGGUGACCUGAGAAGUCCUGAAGAUAGAAAGAGUACGGGGAAAGAUCGAGAGACAAUGGGAUCUGACAAACGUAGCUGACAAACGAAGUCAAGAAUAGGUUUGAAUAUUAUCUGAUGCCUGUCAACAUUUCCCGUUGAUUUUCUCAAAUUUAGUAACCUCGCAUAUAAAUUCCUGUGACACUAAUGGAGUUAGAUGCAAACAAACUGAGCGCCAUAUCUGAGAAUCCGUCCGAGAAGCUGGUGAAAAUUGAAGAUGGCGAAAAUGUGCAAGUCAAACCUCCUCCAAAGAAUGAACCAAAAGAUUCUCAAAAACCCCACGCGAAUGGUAAAAAUAGUGAAAAGAAUUGUGUGAAUACAGUUACAGUAACAGAGGAUGUCUACGGAAAAUACUGGGAUCCUAAAGGGACGUUCCAUAAUAUCAAACGAUAUACGUGGAAGAAUAAGAAUAAAAUUCAAGUACAAGUGAUCAACUAUGGGGCCAGGAUAACAUCAAUGAAGCUUCCAGACAGAAAUGGGGAUGUUGAAGAUAUUGUCUUAGGUACUAUUAUUGGCAAGUAACAGGAUUUGAUGAUCUGGGAGGUUACAUCUACAACAGAAAAUAUUACAUAGGGGCCACUAUAGGUCGAAUGUCAGGUAUUGUGAAAAAUAGUACCUUUCAGUUGAACAAUAAGCAGUACUGGCUAACUCCAAAUUAUUUGGAACGGCACCAUAUAAAUGGAGGAGCCACAGGGUUAGAUCAGGUGGUUUGGAAUACGUAUGUAGAUGGCCCAAAAGUCAUAAUGACCCAUAUAAGUCCUCACCUCACUGAAGGUUACCCAGGAGACCUCUUCAUCAAGAUUAUCUUCCAACUCUCAGAAAGAAACGAAUUCAAAAUCAACAUGGAGGCAAUGUGCACGGAACCUACGAUAAUAAAUCUGUCAAACUUAACCUAUUUCAAUUUGGCUGGUCACCAUAGGGGUGCAGAUGAGAUCUAUAGACACGUGGUUUCGUUGAAUUGUAACUGUUAUACCCCACAAGUUAGUGGGUUUCCUACAGGAGAUAUUCAGAACGUUGUUUACAGCCCGUACGAUUUUCAGAUACCUAUUUUGCUUGGGAAGUUGAUAGGCAUCGUACCAAAAGAUGGUUAUAACCAGAAUCUUUGCGUAAAUAGAGGAGCCGAUCAAGAUGAAUGUUUUGUCGGUAGAGUUUUUCAUCCACCAAGUGGAAGGCUGUUAGAAAUCUACAGUAAUCAGUGUGGCGUUAAUUUCAGUACAGCCAAUGAGUUUGGAUAUGGUAGGCUCCUGUCUAUACAGGAUAUAAUGCCUCAGAAUUAUGGCCACGAUGAUGAAUUUAUGAAUAAAGAUCCAUUGCUGAAUCUGAUGGAAAAGAUGCACGAAAAAUUAAUCGACAAUUUGAAAGAGGACGAAAAAACGGGUUUCGAAGAAAUCCGAAGUCUCAUAAUGAAAUUCAAACCGACCGGAGCACUACCAGCAGUACCGGAUAACACAGAUGCCUCAGAAUCUGAAGCUGCUGGAUCUCCACAAGCGCAAAGUGGUGCUGAAUAUGUUCCAUCCAAACUUGAUGUUUCCGAAUUCCAGUAUACUACAAAGCAAAAGAAGUAUCUGGAGAAUAUGCUGAAUCUUAAUUGUGAAGACGAUGAUGAAGACGAAUGCAUGCGACUGAAGGAUAUAGCGGCAAACAUUCUUCGCUAUGCAUCCCACCGAAAAAGUACCACAGGCGCUACCAAUCCAAUAAGCCAACAACAACCAAGCCAAUCAGAAAUACCAUCAAAACUACGUAGCUCAGAGAAAAAACGGAUCAGAGAAAACAUCAUACCAUCAUACUACAAAAAGUCCAACCAGAUCAUAGGCAAGAGCAGGAAGGUGUACACCAUGCACGGAGGGAUCGCCCUGCAAACCCAGAAUUAUCCAGAUUGCGCGAAUUGCAAGAAUUUUCCUGAAUGCCGUUUGUAUCCAGGGCAGACGUACACGCAUUCCAUUACGUACAAGUUCUGGAUAAGGGCUGGAAGCCCGAAUAAGUGGAUCAAGAGGAAUAUGAAUGAUGCGACUAAACGUGCGUGACCAAGUUUAUAUUUUGUGUGUUUGAAUAAAUUUGUAUGAAUUGUUUGUCAAAAUUAAUGCCAUCGAGAUUUCGAUAAAUAUUGCAUUUUAAAAAACGGCCCACUUCUAUGCGCUUUUACUGCAGAACGCAAAGUAUCACUUUACUGCUCAACAAAUACGGCAUUAUUUUGAAAACGCCACAGUUCCAUGCCUUGGUUUGCACAUUUGUGUGAUGUUUUCAGUCAUAACUCAAUAAAAUUGGUACUAAG